CGAUAAGGAAGCGGUGGUCUGAAAGGAGGAAGGAACCGUCCGGCUGAUGCAAUGUUUCCUGAUGACUACUGUGGAUUACUUUUCUCAUUAUACUGGCGGGCUUUUGGAGAGGAAAGAUCUUCACUGGCGAUACUCUGUUAAGAAGUGAAUUCCAAGUAGUUUUGUGUGUGAAAGAGCCUGAGCUGGGAGCAUGAGGGGAAACAUUGCCUUUUAUAGCGUCUCAUUCACCAGUGUCAUUUGCACCAGUGGUGUGGCUGAACUCAUUUGAACCCACACUGUAAAUCAUCUCCUGUAAAACCUUGGGUGCAGGGUGCCAGCCAGGAUGAUUCUGGCGACAUUAAAGGGCAUUGGGAAGCAGCUCCUGCGGGUGAAGGUUGUAGACUGUAACGCAGAAGACUCCCACUUCUCUCGAUGCCUCAACACGUUUGACCUGGUGGCCCUGGGUGUCGGCAGUACGCUGGGCGCUGGAGUCUACGUGCUGGCUGGCGCUGUAGCCCGAGAGAGUUCUGGACCCGCCAUCGUCCUCUCCUUCCUCAUCGCUGCCCUUGCCUCAGUGCUGGCUGGCCUGUGCUACGCCGAGUUCGGAGCCCGUGUACCCAAAACUGGCUCGGCUUACCUCUAUAGCUAUGUGACAGUUGGUGAACUGUGGGCCUUCAUCACAGGGUGGAACCUCAUCCUCUCUUAUAUCAUUGGAACUUCAAGUGUGGCCAGAGCAUGGAGCGCAACCUUUGAUGAGCUGAUUGGAAAGCACAUUGAGGAAUUCUACAGACAACACAUGACCAUGGAAGCCCCGGGUAUCCUGGCAGAGUAUCCAGACAUAUUUGCUGUCUUCAUCAUAAUAACUCUGACAGGACUUCUCGCAUUUGGAGUGAAAGAGUCAGCCAUGGUAAAUAAAGUAUUCACCUGCAUCAAUGUACUUGUGCUGCUGUUUGUGAUCAUCUCUGGCCUGGUCAAAGGAGACCGGAAAAACUGGAACUUGAACCCUAAUGAAAUCCUCAAUGGCACCAGCAACUCUAGCCUUAAUGUGUCUGUUCCCCUACCAUCAAAAGAGAGUCUUGGUGAAGGCGGCUUCAUGCCGUUUGGCUUGUCUGGAGUCCUCUCUGGUGCUGCCACCUGUUUUUAUGCCUUUGUAGGGUUCGACUGUAUCGCUACCACAGGAGAAGAAGUGAAGAAUCCUCAGAGGGCCAUUCCUAUCGGAAUUGUGGCCUCGCUCCUCAUCUGCUUUGUGGCGUACUUUGGCGUGUCCGCGGCCCUCACUGUGAUGAUGCCUUACUACCUGCUGGACAAGAACAGCCCACUGCCAGUGGCCUUUAAAUAUGUGGGCUGGGAGGGAGCCAAUUAUGCGGUGGCCAUUGGCUCUUUAUGUGCCUUGUCAACCAGUUUACUAGGCUCCAUGUUCCCAAUGCCCAGAGUGAUCUGGGCCAUGGCAGAAGAUGGCCUGCUCUUCAAAUGUUUGGCUAAAAUCAACCCACGAACCAAAACCCCUCUAACAGCUACCAUAACAUCCGGUGUUGUGGCAGCUGUGAUGGCUUUCCUGUUUGACUUGAAGGACCUAGUUGACCUCAUGUCCAUUGGCACUUUGCUGGCCUAUACUCUGGUGGCUGCGUGUGUGCUCGUCCUCAGGUACCAGCCAGAACACCCCAGUAUGGCCUAUGAGAUGGCCAACACUCAGGAAGAACCUGAAAAUCCGGAGUCUUAUAACGAGGGGAGCAUUGAUAUGUUACCACAACCAGAGGAUCGCUUCACCAUCAAGAAUCUACUUUACCCUUCAAACACAGAGCCAUCCGCUCUGUCCGGAUUCGCCGUCAACAUUUGCACCAGCAUACUCGGUGUUUUGGUGUUUGUCUUCAGUGUUGUAGCUGUUCACGGAGGGCUGGCACCCUGGUCGCUGUCUGUCCUCUCUAUUAUCUUCUUGGUUUGUCUGAUUCUCACUUUCAUUGUGUGGAGACAGCCGCAGAGCAAGACCAAGCUUGCCUUCAAGGUUCCCCUGCUGCCCUUUCUCCCAGUCGCUAGUUUGUUCAUCAACGUCUAUCUGAUGAUGCAGCUCGACAAAGGAACCUGGAUGCGCUUUUCCAUCUGGAUGGCCUUAGGUUUCCUUAUCUACUUCAGCUACGGUUUUCGCAACAGUGCAGAGGCAGUGAUGACCAGGUCUGAUUCCUACACGCCAGCUUGCACAAUAAAGGGAGAACCCAUGGCCACGGAGAAGGAAGCUUUUCUACACAACACACAAAAUGCCAACCUAGAUGACGAUGAAGAUUCCUGAGGAAACGGGAGGUUUACUAAUCCGUUCUGCAUAUCAAACAUCGAUGUGUUAAAUUGUUUUAAAUGGCUACAAAUCCAGGAGACAUAUGAAGCCUUUUAUGCGCCCCACAGAGCGUAGAGUUGUUUCUCAAUUCUGCUAAAAGAAAUUGUCUAAUUUGGCUGUUUCACGUAAAAAAGUCGAAUUAGAUCUAAAGACGAAGUAAAAACCAGAAUAGACAAUAUUAAUUUCCAUACAUCUGUAAACCAAGAUUUUAUUCCAGAAAACGUUUUUAUUUUCCAGUUCAAAAGUAUUUUUUAUGAUAUUAUCAAUUUUACUAAAGUGUACAGACGGAAACCAAACAAAAAGCAAAGCACAAGUUGUUUUAUCAACGUUUUACCACGGCAUAUGUUGUACAUCUUUGUGUGGUUUUUUUUGGCAAAUUUGAAUGCUUUUAAGCGAUAUCUUGGUAAAUGUUUGUCAGUCGUCAUGCUGCCUUAAGAGAUACAGUGCCAGCUACUGUGUCCUGAACCCAUUAGAGAGACAUCCCUUUAUUCCACAAUUUAAAUAAUAAUACCUUUCGAACCUAGCUAAGAAUUGAAUUGUAUCCUCAGUUUUGUAUUGUAGGGUUACCUCCAAGGUACAACUUUGAAUGUAGAUACUUUGCUCCUGAGAAAAAGUACCGUAUAGAAAUCCCAACUCUGGACCUGUUUGUUUAUUUACAGUAUAACUCAGAGAAAUGCACCAGGCUGCUCAGUGUAAUCUGGUACAAUCAUUUGUGAACAGUAUAUCUGUGUGAAAGGGUUGAUGUUAUGUGGAUGUGUCCUAUAGCUGAUUGAUGGUUUCCUCACGUUUACCAGAGAUCAAAUACACCAGUGUUGUCAUCAUCAGGGACCUGCACUUUUUUUUAAUCUAGCCAAAGAAAAAAAGCUGCUAAUGUGAAUUGAUUUAUAAGAUACUUUAAAGGAUGUAUUUUAAGUGCCUAUGUCCCAAAGGAAUAUUACACCUUUUUAGAGGUAUGAUAUCACCAGCUAGAAUUGUGAAAUAUACAUAUUGUCUGUAUAUAAUUGUACACUUUGGAUUUUGAAAAGCCUAUAUUUAAAAUCUAUGAGAGAAAUUUCACCUCGGUGGACCAUUUUCACUUUUUAGUUGACAUGCAUCGGAAUGGGAUGAAGUAUAAUCAGUUGGUGAUAUUGAACUCCCGAGCACUCACUGUUGUUUUAUUCUUGCACGAACAAGCAGUAAUGUAUGUUAAAGUGCCUUAGCCAGUCAGCUAAAAUCUGAAAGCGACAUGUCAAAAUAUGUGCGUUCACUAAAGACUGAAAAUGCAACAAGGUGAAAAGUCUCUGUACUAAAUCCCUUUAUGAAAACGCAAUAUUUUCUCUUUUUUGCUAUUUAUGUUCCAUCGAGAGAAUCUAUUGAUGUGACCUGAAGCCAAAUUCUGUUUAAUUGGAUUGUGUGUCAAAACAAUGUUGCUAUUUAUUGAGUUGCUGUAGAUUUUUCUAACUAUGGCAUUGGAGUUGCCUUCAAGUUAAAAAUACUAGACAGCUUUGUAAAUAAACAGAGUGUAUGUAAUUUUGUUGCAUUUUAAGAUAUCGAAGCAACAUUGUCAAAUGCGAUAGUGCUGCAGAAAGUUACUGUUUUCCGCCCAUGAACUUGUAAAUGCCAUGCAUUAAAGCAACUAGCCUUUAUUUAAACAGGGAGAUGUUUGAAUCGGUGGGACAUUACGAAUGUUGUUCUUUACAUGCAUCAUUGCCUGUUUUAGAAAUGCCAGUCAUCGUUUUAUGUCUGUGUUUUUUUUGUUUUGUUUUUGUAAAUAGUUUGGAUUUUUCUUAAAAGUUACUGCCUACGUUACAACUUUCACUUAAGCAUAUCAACCACCAGCAUUAAUCUAUAAAAUCUAUUGUUUCAAGCGAUAUGUAAAACACUAACACAAACUGUGCCAACAGUAUUGGAGCUGUUAACAGUUGUGAUAUAUUUGUUUGACAGAUCGAAGUAGCCAUUCAUUAUGUGAGCAAUGUCACGGAGCACUAGUUCCAGUGAUGUUUGCUUUGGUUAUGGAUUCUGUAUUCUGUCCUAUCACACUCAUUUGAGGCUUCAUCCACACUAAUGAAAUUACAAAUACUAAGUUUUGUCCAUGACAGUUUUAUGUAAACAUUUUCAUGCUGCACCAUUUUAAAGUUUUAGUACUUCAAAACUUUCUAAAGCUUGAAAAAUAAAUAUUUAGAUUUUUGUAGUAGAGGCGUUUUUAGUGUAUCUGAGUGGUGAAUGUCAGGUAUUAAGCAUGUGUUGUCUGAAUGUUGGUUAAGGGUUUGUAUAGUUUCUGCUGUAAAUAAAUAAGGCUCAAAGUUAAAGCCACAA